GGAGAGGAACCGAGCGAGGAAGAUGCUGUUGCCAGGAGACGAAGAACGGUCCAUCGCUGACGGCUCUAAAUUGCACUCAAAGAGCGAUGUCUCCGAAAUGGACUGAACUUAAGGAAAACAGGUGAUCCCGGCUCGUCCUGCAUCCCGACCACAGCGAGGAGAAGGAAAACGGGUCAGAAGACCCGGCUGCUGAGGACGCGGAGAGGAUGAGAGCCGACUGAUCCCUCCAUCCUUUUCCUCUGCAGGAGGGCUGGAUCUGACUCCGCUUCACAAAAGGACGACUGCGCAUCCGCUGGACUCACAACGCAGGAGUGUAGCCGCUGCUGAGUGGAGCCCCGCCCCCAGAGGAUGGGAACGGCAGAAGCCACGUUACGCAUGGACAGCAUGGAGGUGAAGGACGAGUGGCAGGACGAAGACUUCCCCAGACCUCUGCCUGAGGAUGGAGACGUGGAUUCAUGCGGCCUGACCGACAACAGAAUCCAUCACCCCACAUCCCUGGAUAUCGGGGAGUCCAUGACCCAGAGGAAGCGCCGCACCCUGGUGGCCCCUGACAUGAACCUGUCCCUGGACCGCAGCGAGGGCUCGCUGCUCUCAGACGACCUGCUGGAAACUCCAGACGACCUGGACAUCAACGUGGACGACAUCGAGACUCCGGAUGAGACCGACUCGCUGGAGUUCAUCAACAAUGGCAACGAGCUGGAGUGGGAAGAUGACACACCUGUGGCCUCCGCCAAGCGCCUCCCAGGUGAGGGAGAGGAGGAGAGGGAUUCGUCUGGUCGUCUGUGGCGAACAGUGAUCAUCGGCGACCAGGAGCAGCGGAUCGACAUGCAGGUCAUCAGGCCGUACCUGCGCGUGGUCACGCAUGGAGGUUACUACGGCGAGGGUUUGAACGCCAUCAUCGUCUUCGCGGCCUGCUACCUGCCUGACAGCAGCUCUGAUGACUACACAUACAUCAUGGAGAACCUGUUCCUGUACGUGGUGAGCAGUCUGGAGCUUCUGGUGGCCGAAGACUACAUGAUUAUUUACCUGAACGGCGCCACUCCUCGCAGGAAGAUGCCAGGAAUCAGCUGGCUGAAGAGAUGCUAUCAGAUGAUCGACAGGAAACUGAGGAAGAAUCUGAAGUGUCUCAUCAUCGCUCACCCGACCUGGUUCAUCCGGACCGUCCUGGCCAUCUCCAGACCUUUCAUCAGUGUGAAGUUCCUGGAUAAGAUCAGAUAUGUUUACACCCUGACAGAACUCAGCCAGAUAAUCCCCAUGGAGCACGUGCAGAUCCCCGACUGCGUGCUGCAAUAUGAUGAGGAAAAGAUCAAAGCGCAGAGAGAGCGGUUCGAAGCAGAGCAGCAGCACGCCAACCCAACCCUCUCCAAAGAAAGGCCAAAGUCGAUGCUGGCUGGAGUCUGCCGUGACAUUUGACUUAAAGAGCAGAGACCGAGCAUCAGCAGCUUCUUGCAGACGUUCAGACCUCCUGAGAGGAUCCAUCAGCAGCAGGACAAUCCUCCAUCGCUGUUUAACACCAGACCAACGCUCUGCUCCAUCACAUCCACCGCCUGCCGGCUGCACGCCAGGCUAAACCCACGCCGCAUGACCCCAAACUCCCAAAUAAACUCCUUAGACUUUGUGUUUUAAAGACGAGCAUCUUCUGCAGAUUAAUGAGCAAAAGACUCGCGUCUCCUCCAAACUUGAGUGUUUCUGAUGCAAAAAUGUUUCAUUUCAUGUUUUCCAGAGCUGAAUAUGCAGGUGGCAUGCUUGUCCCCCCCCCUCCCGGGUAUUUGUAUUUUUGUCGACUGUAAAGUACAUUUUUCAAAAUAAAAGCAUUUGCUGUUAUAGAGUUUAAGAGUUACUAUUGAAGAUGUGCCAUUUAAUGUUUGUAAAAAAAUACAUAAAAAGAAUUUAUAAAUCAGA